AAGUGGGUGAGGUUCAACGUGCCGGCGUGGGCUGCAAGGGGCGGCGAGGCUCUCCUCACCUGCCAGUUCGACCUGGCUGAUGACCACCUCUACUCCGUCAAAUGGUACAAGGCUGGCCGGGAGUUCUACCGCUUCGUGCCGGCCGAUUGGCCUACCAAGCAGCACUUCCCACUACCCGGCAUCACUGUUGAUACGGAGAGGAGCAACGAGCAGCAGGUGGCGCUGAAGGGGGUCAACCUGGAGACUGCUGGCCGCUACAAGUGUGAGGUGCUGACGGAGGCGCCUCACUUCAAGACUCUCGUCCGCUCAGCCUCACUCACUGUCUACGAACUUCCUGAUGGCAACCCUGUGGUGGAGGGCGGCCAGCAACAGUAUCGUCCUGGGGAGGUGGUCAACCUCACUUGCCAGGCGCCUAAGUCCAUCCCUGCCACCACCCUCACCUGGUACAUUAAUGAUCAGAAGGCGCCGCACGACUACCUGGUGGAAUACAAGGAUCCUCCCGACACAGAGGGACGGGUGGCGUCACGUCUUGGGCUGCACUUCCGGGCGCGGGACUGGCACUUUCCCGACGGCCGCCUCACACUGCGCUGCGUCGCCGCUCUUCACCGCCUCUAUGAGCAGGAGGCUCUCCACGAGGGCAUCGUUGCGCCCCCGGGGCCCCUCAGUCUGGGCCACGACGCUAACGGUUCCAGCGCAGGAGUGAAGCUAGGGAGGCACUUGAAUGUUCUGCUAGUCCUGCUGCUGACUACCCUCACCGCCCACCAGCGCUACGCCCUCACCUAAUCACCUCCUGAAAGUUACUGUUCACCUGCACUACGCCCUCACCUAAGCACCUGCUGAUAGUCACUGCCCACCUUCACCAUUCUCCCGCCUAACCAUGUCAGGUACUUCGCGAAGCAACGCUGCUGGACUGGUCAAGUAGAGGAUUGGCGAUUUGGUAAAACAGCAGACGAGUAAACGAAUAAACUGGUGAACAUGGUGAACAGGUGAACUUAUGCAGUGAUAAACUGGCUAACAGAUGAUAUAAUAUACUGGCCGAUAUGUGACUUAGGUGUGUUGGGAGGCUGGCUAAAGUCAUGAAAUUGUGAAAACUGGUGAAUACCGAGCUGGUAUACUAUUGGUGGUUAACCAGAGUGCUCAUGAAAACUGGCUAAGUGGAAAAAAAAACUGCCUGAGUGAAGUGUUAAACAUUCUCUUCAACUGACAAAGCUGUGAAUUGACGGUGAUAGGUGAUUAACUGGUAAACUAAAACACUGCUAAAACUUUACGCUUGUUAACUGCUUGUUAAAAAGUGAUGAAAAGAUAACUCACAGAGUAACUGAUGAAAAGACACAUGUGCAACACUUGAGAACAUUUAUUUGAGAGAAUUCCCUCUAUUACAGAGACAUGAGAAAGGAGACUUAUGAGUCUAUAUCACUUUAAUAAAUCCUCUGGUGGGCGAAACGUCUCCCACAUAAAAAUACUCAGGUGUAGCACGUGUCUUCUUCAUUACUUUGUCGGUAUUUUAUACCCUUGAUCUAAUUCGUCUAAUAGUCGGGUGGAGAUUUUAAAAAUUCUAACAUUCAAAGGCAUUUGCUGUUACAAGUAAAUUUUACGUAUUUUUAAGCUAUUUUAGGUAUGCAAAGCUCUAUAAUGGCUGUUACCAAAAUAUCGAUAGCCGUUUAACAUCCAAAGUGGCGCAUCGGAGAUAGUCGCCGCAAACACGUCGUUUUGAGAUAAUUAAAUUUCUGUUACGUAUAAACGAGAACAAUAUACUAGUGUAAACUUAAGUGGAAUUCAGAAAUGCUAAAAUACCACAAAAGCAAAUAUGAAGAAUUUAUAAAUACGUAAUACGGGGAAAUUUAAAAACUAAAUAAUUCUUGUUUAGUAGGAUUAAUGAGAAGUGCGAAGGACAACAAAUUACCUCCAUGAAUAAUGAAAAUAAUAAUAAUAAGUGCAUUUAAUAUGUAGUAAUUUCACCGUGCCUAAUAAUUAAGUACCGCCAAUGUUAUUUAAACAUGCAUCACUAAAUAAUAUAAAGAUUUCACUUAUUAUAUUAUUAACAUUCAUUAAAAUUCAUUACAGGAAGGCUAUUUAGAAUCAUUUGUCUGUGUUGUUCAUGUAUUUAUAGUACACUGCAGCUCGUCGGUGAAGCUUGUACACUGACAAACCGUGAGCAAAAUAAUCUGGAUUUACGGCACUUACUUCGUAGUGCCAUUCAACCUGUUUACACUGCAUAUCAGCAUUUCUAUGCAGUUGUCUGUGAUGAUACUAGGGCUUAUCAGGAUUCGAGCAUAUUUCCUUUCAAGUAACCUGGAUGAUUUCCUCGUGUCAACAAUAUGCUAUUGCAGCUUAUUCGCUGUAUCUAGUAAUUGAGAACGUAACUCUUUGCUGUGGUGCUUCUGGUUUUUUGGCUGUGGAGAGAGUAGACAUCAAGUAUUGUUACUUGUUUCCACAGAAUUUGGCACAUUGUGCAAUACUCCUUACACUCCAGUUUAUCAGUAGAGGCAACAGCUUCUUGUAUGAGAAUGUCUUCAUUUUGGACAGAGAAAUUUAUGGUGUUUCUUGAACACUUCGCACAGCUGUUUUUUGUAUGGUCGGUGAUGUUGUGUCACAACUGAUCAGAGCAUGAAAUGGAAAGAGAUUAUGUGUCCAUGUGAAAUGAAACUGGCAGUGUACUUAAUUUUGCUGGAAUGAACUUCUGUUUCUGGCGUGUACCUACUAGUAUCCAUAGCUCAGGACAACCAGACUCCUCCACAUGUGCAACGAGCAGCAGGAGGACGUCUGUGUCCCAGGCUCUGACAACAACAUUAAUGUGUAUUGCAUGGAACCUACUCUGGUGUCUGAUUUUUUGUGCGUGAUUUCCAGCAUGUCCAAGAACGGGGACUAAUUGACUCGACUAAUUGUUACUUUUAACUUCACACUGGUCCGCAGAUUCACCACUAACAACAACAGUCUUGUCUGAAGGGCAUUAGUUUAUAAUUUCUUUGGAGAGAAGUAAAACCAGAUCUGCCUUUUCCUUGAUAAUGACCAUUUCCACGUAAUUCCACAAGUAGUAGAGAUUAGCAAUGUCACACAGGGUUCCUCCGAUGCAGAAUGAAAUUGUGCUUUGGAAGCAGUUAGAGUUUCACAUACUCUUCAACAUCAUCAAAUGACAUUGAUGAAAUCUGUGCAUGCAGCUCAAGAUCAUUUUCCUUGUUGUAUUUGCCAUAAAUCUUAGGAUGUUACUUUAUGAACACACAUGGAUUUCUCGGAAGAGAGUGGCUCCAGCCUCAGUAGUUUAGAACCCUUCAUAUGUUUACCAGUGAGCUAAAGAAAGUUCGUGGCUAUAUGAAGACCACCAAGACGAAUAAUGACACUUUGUAUUCAAGCAGCAGUGUGUGAUGUACAGUGAUGAUUAUGACCUGCUGAUCACGCUGCAAGGAUAAGUACACACAGCGAUGAACUAUUACGUUCAAGGUGUACAUUUUGUUGGCAAACACUUGAAAUAUUGACAGGUAACUUACUGAUGCUAUCAUUGGUCGAACUCAGGAACUAACUGAAGACUAUAAAUCCAGGUUUUAUGUGAGACAUCAGACUUGUCAUGAAGAAUGCACGAUAAAUCGCUCUAGCUGCCGUCGCACACGCUGGCUCAUCCUCGGGUUUCUUGAACCAAGUGGGAUCAAAAUUUUCACACUUUAUUUCGAUUUACCUUUCCAAAGCGAAAGUGGGGAAGAGUGUUUUUAUAAAUGAAGGAACAUUUAGUUGACGUCGUCUGCUCAGCCUCAGAAUUUCUAUCACAUAAGUCGAUCUUGAUCCUUUCUGCCAUACUUCUUAAACGGAGUGAAAUGUUUACUGGCCGUCAAAUGUUCACCUUCCAGUUCAUAGUUCUCGGAUUAUUUUCUGUUAAUGCUAUAAAGAACUGAAGAAUUUGAUAAGUGAUAAUACUUCCAAGUUUAGAAAAAAUAACUAAUCUGGUAUAUUGAUGCAGUGCACAACCCAGUCAAGUGUGGUUUCAAGGCUUGAGUUUAGGCUACCGAAGACACUGAACACAAUGACUUAAACAUUACUUAGCAGCGACUUUCGUCAAGGAGUUUUUAUCCUCCGAAUAAAAUUCUCAAAAAAAAAAAAAAAGUGUAGAGACUGAGGCAGGAUGCACACAAUUGCACUAUCUCUACCCUGAGUCCUGUGUGACUUUUGUGGAUGAUAAAGUCUCCAAGAUAGGGAAGCUGUGAUUUCGUGUAUAGGACAAGGAGGAAUAACAUCUUGUAGGAGUGAGGAAGAGCCAGUAGUGAGUGUGGGGGAAGUUCGUGAGGCAGUAAGUAAAAUGAAAGGGGGUAAGGCAGCUGGGAUUGAUGGGAUAAAGAUAGAAAUGUUAAAAGCAGGUGGGGAUAUAGUUUUGGAGUGGUUGGUGCAAUUAUUUAAUAAAUGUAUGGAAGAGGGUGAGGUACCUAGGGAUUGGCAGAGAGCAUGCAUAGUUCCUUUGUAUAAAGGCAAAGGGGAUAAAAGAGAGUGCAAAAAUUAUAGGGGGAUAAGUCUGCUGAGUAUACCUGGUAAAGUGUAGGGUAGAGUUAUUAUCGAAAGAAUUAAAAGUAAGACGGAGAAUAGGAUAGCAGAUGAACAAGGAGCCUUUAGGAAAGGUAGGGGGUGUGUGGACCAGGUGUUUACAGUGAAACAUAUAAGUGAACAGUAUUUAGAUAAGGCUAAAGAGGUCUUUGUGGCAUUUAUGGAUUUGGAAAAGGCGUAUGACAGGGUGGAUAGGGGGGCAAUGUGGCAGAUGUUGCAAAUGUAUGGUGUAGGAGGUAGGUUACUGAAAGCAGUGAAGAGUUUUUACGAGGAUAGUGAGGCUCAAGUUAGAGUAUGUAGGAAAGAGGGAAAUUUUUUCCCAGUAAAAGUAGGCCUUAGACAAGGAUGUGUGAUGUCACCGUGGUUGUUUAAUAUAUUUAUAGAUGGGGUUGUAAGAGAAGUAAAUGCGAGGGUCUUGGCAAGAGGUGUGGAGUUAAAAGAUAAAGAAUCACACACAAAGUGGGAGUUGUCACAGCUGCUCUUUGCUGAUGACACUGUGCUCUUGGGAGAUUCUGAAGAGAAGUUGCAGAGAUUGGUGGAUGAAUUUGGUAGGGUGUGCAAAAGAAGAAAAUUAAAGAUGAAUACAGGAAAGAGUAAGGUUAUGAGGAUAACAAAAAGAUUAGGUGAUGAAAGAUUGAAUAUCAGAUUGGAGGGAGAGAGUAUGGAGGAGGUGAAUGUAUUCAGAUAUUUGGGAGUGGACGUGUCAGCGGAUGGGUCUAUGAAAGAUGAGGUGAAUCUUAGAAUUGAUGAGGGGAAAAGAGUGAGUGGUGCACUUAGGAGUCUGUGGAGACAAAGAACUUUGUCCUUGGAGGCAAAGAGGGGAAUGUAUGAGAGUAUAGUUUUACCAACGCUCUUAUAUGGGUGUGAAGCAUGGGUGAUGAAGGUUGCAGCGAGGAGAAGGCUGGAGGCAGUGGAGAUGUCAUGUCUGAGGGCAAUGUGUGGUGUGAAUAUAAUGCAGAGAAUUCGUAGUUUGGAAGUUAGGAGGAGGUGCGGGAUUACCAAAACUGUUGUCCAGAGGGCUGAGGAAGGGUUGUUGAGGUGGUUCGGACAUGUAGAGAGAAUGGAGCGAAAUAGAAUGACUUCAAGAGUGUAUCAGUCUGUAGUGGAAGGAAGGCACGGCAACACACCAAUAGUUACCAUGUUACCAGACACGACAACACUCUUCUGGCUCGUAUUCGUUAGCAGACACAGUAACACACCCUUGGCUACCACGUUACCAGACACGACAACACACUUCUGCCUACCACAUUACCAGACACGACAACACACUUCUGGCUACUAUGUUACCAGGCACGGCAACACACUCCUGGCUACCACGUUCCAGACACGACAACAUACUUCUUGCUACCACGUUACCAGACACGACAACGCACUUCUGGCUACUACGUUGCCAGACACGACAGCACACUUCUGGCUACCACAUUACCAGACACGACAACGCACUUCUGGUUACCACGUUGCUAUACACGACAACAUACUUCUGGCUACCACGUUACGAGACACGGCAACUCACCCUUGGCUACCAUAUUACCAGACACGACAACACACUCCUGACUACCACGUUGCCAGACACGACAACAUACUUCUUGCUACCACGUUACCAGACACGACAACGCACUUCUGGCUACUACGUUGCCAGACACGACAACACACUUCUGGCUACCACAUUACCAGACACGACAACGCACUUCUGGUUACCACGUUGCUAUACACGACAACAUACUUCUGGCUACCACGUUACGAGACACGGCAACUCACCCUUGGCUACCAUAUUACCAGACACGACAACACACUCCUGACUACCACGUUGCCAGACACGACAACAUACUUCUGGCUACCACGUUGCCAGACACGACAACACACUGCCCUGUACUUCACGCCUAAUCAUAAACUUGUUGGAUAA